AUGAUACUUUUUAUUGUGUACCGUAGUAACCGUGUUUGUUCAAUUAAAUACAGUUACAUAGGGGAUUCUGAUAAAUACCACCAUCAUGAUCAAUCCCAUCAAUUGAGGAAGGAACUUCCUGUUGGAACAACCAGUACCAUCCAUGGUUCAACAUCAAAUGGAGGUGAAAGGAAACAAGAGAAUUAUGAACUAUCGCAAGAAAUUAUGGAUUUACGUUUAGAGAUUCUGUUACGUAAAUAUGGUAAAGAAUCUCUUAAAGCAGCUUCAGUUAUACAAAAAGCUUACCGUAAUUAUCAGUUGAAUAAAAGGUUUAAUAAUUUGGCUUUGAAUGCUUUACGUGUCAACAAUCAGGAAAAAGAACAUAAGAAACAACUUCAACGAAAGCAACAACAACGUCAACCUCAACGUAAACGGUCGUCGGUAAUCGAACACCGUCUCAACGUAACCGGUGGAAAAAGUGCUUCAAAUGGACUACUUGUCAGUGAUUUUUUUGAUGCUAGUCAAUCAUUUGAACCUUUACAUCAACAACUUCAAUCUUCUCAAUUUAGUGAACCCAAAUUAACUCGAACCAGUUCAUCAUCAUCGGCUUCUAAAGGUACAUUCAGUCACCAUAAUCAUCCUAAUUAUCACCCAAACGGUCUCUCAAAUUUUAAUAAUAGUAUCAAUAAUAAUAUUAAUAAUAAUUCAAUAAUACCUCGCUCACCAACAAUGCCUUCUCUCCAAUCAUCUCCAGUUGUCAUUAGUGGAGGCCGCGUGGUGACCAAGAAAGUCUCUGCCAAUUCUAAUCAACAACAACAACAACAACAACAACC